GGAUCUCAAAUCGCAGUCCGUGACAGCCCAUCUGCGGCCUAUGCCCACACCGCCGGCAGGCGGAUGAGAGCCGCGUGUCGGCGCGCACGCGAGAGAGCCCGCGGCACGACCCCGUCGCCUCCCUGCCCGACCGAUCAAGGAAACGGAGACGAAGCCACUCGCGGGACGGGAGCGGGAGCAGGAGCAGGAGCAGGAGAGAGAUCUCCGGUCUCCACCCCGAUCCAUUCCGAUCCCGAUCCGAGAUCCCGAUGGCGUCCGCCCGCUGCUGCACGUUCCUGGAGAUCCUCCUCGCCAUCGUCCUCCCCCCGCUCGGCGUUUUCCUACGCUUCGGAUGCUGCAGCAUGGAGUUCUGCAUCUGCUUGCUGCUCACAAUUCUUGGCUAUAUCCCUGGAAUCAUCUACGCAAUCUAUGUCCUCGUUGCGCUCGAGUCAGACUCAGACCCGGACGAGAGAGAAUACUAUACCCUUGCUUAGCCUGUUUGAUUUCUUUCAUGCCUUAAGCUUUGCGGGGCACAGUUGAGUCAAAUCAGUAUUUUCAUGUGGAUUUUCUAACAUAGCAUAAUGGGGAACCGAGAUGGUCUGGUCUGGUGCUUAAUCUUUCUUACCCAUCUUGUGAUCUCUUGACUCUCAAAUUCAGUUUGUUAAAUACUUGAACCGUGGUCCAGUUUAUCCAUUCUGUAAUGUUGAUACAAGGGAAGAACUUGUUGUUCCUACUUAUGAGAGCAAUUAUGAUGUAUGACUGGUGUUCCCAUGCAGAUAUACAACUGCAGUUGUUCCCUACUUGUUCAGUAAAUAAUGGUUGAUUUUUGUUUUUGUUUA